UCUCCAAAUUUCCUCACACAAUCACACUGCACAUCCCAUCAUAUCGGAACUAAAAAUAAAAAACCGCAAACGCCGUCGUUUCACGAUGCUCUCUUCUUCUCCAACCUUCUUCGCUCCUCCAUUUCUCUCCUCUUCUCCUCCCUCGCUCUCACCACCGUCUCGAACUUCCCGGCCCUCGCCGUCUCUUUCUGCCACUGCCACCACCACCGCCUCUUCCCGCUACACAUGCGCCGACGAUCCACCAAGGCGCCAGAUCCCGCAGCGAUUGUCGGCGGCAGCGUCUCUCUACGAGAUCCUCGAAAUCCCCGUCGGCUCGACGAGCCAGGAGAUCAAAUCGGCUUACCGGAGGCUGGCCAGGAUCUGCCAUCCCGACGUGGCGGGAAACGGUCGGUCGGCGGACGAGUUUGUGAAGAUCCACGCCGCGUACUGCACGCUCUCUGACCCCGAGAAACGCGCCGUUUACGAUCGGAGGAUCCUUCGUCGGAGCCGGCCGUUGAGUGUCGGUGUUUCUGGAUUCGACAGUUACGUCGGAGGGAAUUGGGAAACUGAUCAGUGCUGGUAGCGAGUUGUCUCGGUGAUCGAGUUUAACCAAUGCAUUAAGUUUUUUUUAAUCGUAAUUAAUUGAUAAGUUUCGAGUGAUUCCAACCUAAAACCAAUUGCCAAUAAGUGGAUUGAUACAAGUCUCUUAUAUAUUACUCAAGUACUUUUCAUA